GCUCGCCCCUCCCCCUCACUGCGAUGCCUGGGGACAAGAAGGGAUCAGACCUCGCGAGUCGCCUCAAGCGUCCCGGCAAGAUCUCCUCCCGCAGCAGCAAGACAUCACCCGCCGCGAGCCCCAUCAGCGCCCCUCCCAAGGCUGCUCUAGCCACCGGGAAAGCCAAAAAGGACGAUCUGCACCGCCGCAAACACGGCUUGGCCGAGAUGCUGCUCCAAGCAUCGUCGAGAGACAGCAGCAGGCCCACCAGCAGCCACUCUCCCCCGGACGACGAUGAUCGAUCUUUAGCAACUGUCGCGAACGAUCCUUUUGCAAGCAGCAGCGAUGGCCGGGCCCAUCUUGACCGGAUCGCUGAGCUGGAGAAAGCAUUGGCGAUUUCCCACAGCGAGCAACAGUCUAUGGCCGAGGAGAUAAAGAAGCUUCAGCAACAUGAGCUAGCGUAUCGAGACGCCAUAGACACGUAUAAAGAGAAGCUCUCCGACUCCAACGACCACCGAUACAGAUCAGACUCCAACGGAGCACUGAAAGAGUUUGAGCAAGAGACAGACCGCCACCGCUUCUGGAACAAGGAGCGUAGCGAGCUUCAAGAGGAGGUUUACGAUCUUAAAGACAAGCUUGAAGAACUCCAGGCAGAAAUCCUAGACCGCGAAACCAUAUGGAGCGCGCAGUGGGAGCACGAGAGGGCCAAUUGGAUCAAAGAACGGAACAAGCAGGCCGAAGCACUCCAUAAUGCGGACAAAGAGGUCCACGAGAGACGGAAGCAAUUACUAGAGCUUAAGCAGACCAUAUCAGCUUUGACUCGCAUCGAUGAUCAGGCUACAGAUAGUGAUCUAGCUGAUAGGAUGGACCAACUAUACCAUCGGAUCCGGGAGUGGGUCAUAAGCAACUUCCGUCGGUCCAAAUUAGACGUCAGCAAUCCGAAACAAGAGACAAUUGCAGUACUCGAAGCCAUCAGCCCCCAGUUUAGGUCGUUCGAACCGACCGAUAAGAUAAGCCUUUACCAAGCUGUAGUGGCUUACAAGACCAUGAAGAUAUUCGAGGAGAACAUGUGCGUAGGGCUCCCAAUUUCGGGUGUCCUGUCUGAGACACGUGCACUCGCGAAAAGCUUCCAGGCCCAGGGGUACCAACAGGACUCACAACCGAUGUCAAAACCAGACAGCGAAGGGCCUGAUUUCCGAGACUGGAGACGGUCUACAAUUCGCAUGAUCCAGGGGAGCCCCCUGAAAGAUACUCUAAAAGAAGGAAAAUUCGUGCUUAUUCACAGUCUUGUGGAAUCCACACUCAAUAUUCUGGAAGAAAUAUCAGGAGUCACGAAAUCAGAUGCCAUUCAGAGCUCUUUAUACAACAUCUUUGAUUCUGUGGCUAACCUCCAAAGCACUCUGCUCUCCCAAAAAGCCCGGUACUCAAUCCUGUUCGUGCUGCACGAUGGAAUGGAAAACGCCCCAAAAUUUGACGCUCAGAAAAUGGAGCCCGUAAACGAGUUUGGAGAAGUCGGGUGA